UCUCUUUCUUGUCCUCUCAUUUCUACAUACACACACAUAUAUAUAUAUAUUAUAUGUAUAUAUAAAUAUACAUUCUAUCCGUGCAUUUUAUCUCCACGCGUGUAUGCGUUUAGAAGCGCACGCGCGAGCUCUUGUAUCCCGUCAAUGCUUUCGCAUGCACGACGACGACGACAAAGCGACGCAAAGCCGACGAUUUGUAUUGACAACGUUACAAGAUUAUCGAAAAAGGAAAGAAAAUAAAGUAGUAGGAGGUAUCGUCGUUGUAGUUGUCGUCGUCGUCGUCGUUGUCGUCGUUGUCGUUGUCGUCGUCGUUGUCGUUGUCGUCGUCGUCAUCGUCGUUGUCGUCGUUGGCGUCGAGAGAGGAACGACGCAAAGUUCGGUGAAGCUGCGACGAACUUCACAAAAUGAUGAGACUACCUCAACGACGGGGGAUGAUCGCCUUGCUAUAUCCGGUUGCUCGAGAUUUAAAGGAUAUCGAAGAAAACGCCUCAUUCGUGUCAAAGUUUUAAAGAUGUUGUCGCCGAGACGAUCGGAUUCGGAGAGUACAGCCGGGGGCAGCAAAGACGACGAAAACGGUGCAAAGGCGUUCCUAUCGACAGGACGAACAGGAAGAAGGAACGCUUUACCAGAUAUUCAUGGAAGACAUGCUGCGACCGGUAUCUCCGAUCUACCAGAUCGUUUCGGAGAGUUAUCUACCGAAGCAGAUCGUAGCAUGAACGUUGCUGGACGUGAAUCAAAUCAGCCGAGUAUGUCGAAACAACACGUUGGUUGACAGACACGUUACUCUUAUUUAUUCGAUCAAAUCUUGUUCUGCUCAGGUGGCAAGCCUGUCUAAUACAAAUUUAUAUUGAAGGAACGAUAUAUAAUCAUGCUCGUUCUAAUAACAGAUAUACACACACACACACACACACAGUGCGAUAGUACGCAUGGAGACAUAUAUACAAAUAUUAAUAAGACGCCUUCCGUGCUCUUUAAAGUUGAAAGGAUCGAAAUCUUUUCUUUGAUCUCUCUUUCUUUCGAAUAGCAAUGGUCCGUCCAACUAUUGCUAUCUUUAUUUAAUACACUUAUCUAUGUAGUUUCGUUCAUUUCUGUUUUCGUUCGUUGUCUAAUCGAAUUUACAGAUCGCAAUGGUGCUCUACGACAUGCGUAUAAUAAUAUUUCUAUAAACGAUUCUUCUUUUGUGAAAUAACGAUUAAGCAUCAAGAAGUUAAUACGAACGUAUAACAAGAUAGUAUAAUACUGCGAUAAACUCUAUUUGUUUUUUUUUUUUUUUUUUUUUUUUUUCUUUCUUUCUUUUCUUUUUUCUUUUGAGUUAAUUCUUUAUUUUUGCGAUUAAUUAAUACAUUACAUUUUUAUCUUUGUACUUACGUUGUUGUUAAAUUCUUUUACGAAAGGACUUGAGUAUUUUCUUUCGAUCUAUUUCAUUAAAACUGGAAGUAGAACUCGAUUAGAUCGCUAUCGGCAAUAAUAUCAUUUUUCGUUAGAUAUUGGUGAUGUAAAUUAUUUAUGACGACAAACGAUUUUAAUCGCGCACUUAUUGGUAUAACACGUUAUCUUAUUAUCGUUGUAUACGUUAUUUAUAAUUCGCAACAAGCAAUUCUUACAGUAUUUUGACUAAUAUAUAAAUAGAGAGGAAAGAGGGAGGUUUUAUAAUAGAUGAUAUUUCAAGUUUUUACGGACGAAACUCUUAUGAUGUGUGUAUAUACAUAUAUGUAUAUAUACACACAUUCUUCGUGUAAAUACGUCAUCUCUUUUUCUAUAUAAAUAGAGUGUCCUAUCUGUUCGGAUAGAUGCCCUUUGUUUGUGAGUUAUUGCGAAAACGAUUAAAAGGAUGAUAAGAUAUUUCAUGGAUAGCACGCAUGUGUCCUUUAGUAUUA